AUGGAAUUCGACCUGAUUGUGCGCAACGGCAACGUCGUGACAGCCUCGGAUAUUUGGUAUAACUGCGAUAUUGGAGUCAAGGAUGGCACCAUCGUCGCCGUGGCUCGCAACCUGCCGGUCCGCAAUGGCGACCAAGUCUCGAUCCUCGACGCCGAGGGCGCCUACAUCACGCCGGGCGGCAUCGACACGCACGUUCACCUGAGCCAACUGUACGAGGCGUCGGUGGACAGUCUGAUGCGCACGCAAAUCACCAACGGCAAGAUCCCCGAUCUGGCAAACUACACCAACGACACAUACGACACGGGCACUCGCAGCGCCGUGGCGGGGGGCACCACGACCGUCAUCACAUUUGCGAGCCAGCUGCGCAACGAUGAGAGUCUGGUGCCGGUGCUGGAGGAAUACUCCAAACUCGCCGAUGGCCAGUCGUACUGCGACUACGGGUUCCAUAUGAUUCUGUCAAACCCCACAAAACACAUCCUCGAGGUCGAUCUGCCCAUGAUGGUCGAGCGGUACGGCAUCACCAGCGUCAAGAUCUACAUGACCUACAAGGCCUUUCAGCUGCGGGACUAUGAGAUUCUCGACGUCAUGCACGCGGCGCGGCGGUUGGGCAUUACAACCAUGGUGCAUGCUGAGAAUGCCGAUGUCAUUGAUUGGAUGACGGAGCAUUUGGAGGAGCAGGGCAUGACAGCGCCCUAUCAUCAUGGGACGUCGAGGCCGCCGAUUGUCGAGGCUGAGGCUACGAAUCGGGCCAUUGUCCUGGCCGAGCUCAUGGACACGCCCAUCCUCCUCGUCCACAUCUCAGGCGGACAUGCCACCCGGGUCAUUCGCGACGCCCAGACCCGCCUCCUGCCCGUCCACGGCGAAACCUGUCCACAGUAUCUCUUCCUCCUGGCUGACAGUAUGAAAAAGGAAGGCUUCGAGGGCGCCAAGUGCGUCUGCUCGCCGCCAAUCCGCGAAGAGCCGGCCGACCAGGAUGCCAUCUGGACGGGGAUCAAGAACGGUACCUUCACCACAUUGUCGUCAGACCACGCGCCCAUCAAGUUCGACCACCCGCAAGGCAAAUUGCGCGGUCUGGCCCACGGCGGGGGCGAACAGGGCAAGUUCCAGUACAUCCCUAACGGGCUGCCAGGGGUCGAGACACGAGUGCCGCUGCUGUGGUCCGGCGGCGUCCUCACUGGACGAAUCACGCCCCAGAAGUUUGUUGAAGUCACGGCAACGAAUCCGGCCAAGCUGUACGGCUUGACCAACAAAGGGACAAUUGGUCCAGGGUUUGACGCAGACUUAACCAUCUGGUAUCCUCAGGACAAGUUCAAGCCGUUCAAAUUGACCAACGACAUGUUGCACCAUGCUAUUGACUAUACUCCUUUUGAAGGCAUCGAGUUUAAGAAUUGGCCUAGGUACACGCUGGUCAGAGGCACAGUCGUCUUCAAGGAGGGCGAGGUCGUCGGCAAGUUGGGCUAUGGAAAGUAUCAGCGCAGGACCAAGAGUACCCUGAGCGGCCCGCGAAACGAGUUUCUGAGCGAGUGGCGGCCGAAGUAUCCUAUGAAUUAG